GCACAGAAAAUGAGCAGUCAACUUCUCGAAAGGAGGGAGAAGUGUCUUCUGCUGGAAACAACGGACGUGAUAGAAGAUUUCGUCGGGAUGGUGAAGAUAGCGCAGCUUCCAGUCGGCUGUCUUUCCGAGGGAACGCUGUCACUCAGCCCUCGCAGAUGGGCAAUUUUAAGCACCAGUCCAUUCGAACUACCGAUCGGGACCGCGACAGAGACACUGACCGAGAACAGGACAAAGACACGAGGGCCAGAGAAAAUCAGGAAAGAAUACGCAAUCUCUCUGAUAAGUAUGACCGCGAUCGGCGGGCGCUUUCAACCGCCCUCCGUGGCAAGGAGCGAGACCAAGCUCCUCACUUGGGGGCUACUGCCACUCCAAGGGCUGUUCCGGCAGGUCAACCAGCAUCACGCGAUACCUCUAAGAAAAAAGAAGGGGACUUUAGUGAUGAUUGGAGGAGAGGCGGCGAGAACCCUCGGCCCAGUCGAGGAGAACGCACAGAAGGUCGUCGCGACCGCGAUGAACGAGCCCGCUCACGUAUUCGGGACUCUUCAAGAUCCAGGAACGAGACCUCAACAGGAAGGCGCGAUCGAGACGACUACUUGAGGGAAGGUCGUCGUGACCGAGACGAUCCUCGUGACAAAGACGAUCAGGAUGAUGACUCGCGUCGGUGGAGAGACGAUGGAAAGCGUGACGAGCGGCUGACAUCCAAGCGGGACAGGGAACAACGCGAGCAUCCACGCGACAGAAACAACAUGCCAUCAGAGUCUAAUGACCGGCAGGAUCGCCGCUGGGCAGGUGACGAUCGCGAUUCCCGCAACAAGCGCAA